AGCACUACAAACAUUAGAAAAAAAUAAUUUCCAAGGAGAAGUGAAACGCGAAAGUCGUGGACAUAUCCUGCGAAUUAAUAAUUUCGUGCUUUUUUUAUUAUUAUAUCUGAUUAAACAAGUAUAUUUUACAUGGAUUUUUGUGCGUGACAAACGUGUUUUAGUAUUUAAAAUGAUUAUUGAAAAUCCAGAUGUGUUUAAAAGUUGGUUGACGUCCAUAUUGGAACCCCUCUGCGACGCGGACCCAGCUGCUCUCGCCAAGUACGUGUACGCUCUCGUCAAAAAAGACAAACCCCUGGAGGAGUUGCGCGAUGGUAUGCUAGACCAGUUGGAUGUUUUUUUGCAACAAGAAACCAAACCGUUCGUGGAUAUGCUGUUCAAAGCGCUCGACAGUCAGGAGUACCUGAAGCCGGUGGAGGGCGUGAAGAGGGAGCCCUCGCCGGCGCCCGAGCAGACCGACCUCGAGGAGACCAGACCCGUUGAGGAGCCGGAGAAUCAUGUGGCACCGCCCGCACCACAGACGGAGGAGAGGGCGCGCAACCGAUCGCCGAUAACAGCCGAGACGAGGGAAGCGAGAGACGCGGCGAGAGAAGCGAGAGAAGUGAGAGACGUGAGGCACCGGGUGGUCGUGCCCAGAAGACACCCGCACACAGAGCACACGCUUGUUAAGGUUUUACCCACAGAGCUUUUAGAGGAACCCGUCGAGGCGCCCAGGAGAAGGGACAGACGGGCGGAGAAUAUGAUACGCGACAAAGAGGAGCGCCGGCGCCGCCGCUCGCGCUCGUGGGAGCGGCGCGCGCGCGCCCGCCGACACCCCAGGGACGACAAGCGAUCCCGUUCGCCGGCGGGCGAGCGCGAGCGGGACAGGCUGCGCGCGCCGCGCGAGGCGGAGCGGGACAGAGUGUCGCGGGACCGGGAGCACAGGGAGCGGCUGUCGCGCGAGCGGGACAGGGAGCGAUCCCGCGACAGGUCGAUGUCGCCGCACGCGGAGUCGCGCAUGGAGCACAAGGACACCUUCAAGCGGAGGUGUCGAGACUUUGACGUGAAGGGCUACUGCAUGCGCGGCGACCUGUGCGAGUGGGACCACGGCAUCGACCCCGUCGUGCUGGAGGACGCGGCGCUCACGCGGGUGCUCGCCCUGCCGCCGCCCGUGCCCGAGUACAACCCGGCCACGCCGGACAUCUGGGUGGGCGGCGGCGCGUUCGGCGCGUUCCCGCCGGCGCCGCACGCGCACGCGCCGCACCACCACGCGCCGCGCGAGCUCGUGCCCAUACCCAGGGUAAGGCACGAGGCGCCGCCCGGGGCGAUGCCGCCUCAGAGACACGCGGCGCCCAAGAAAAACUUCGAUUAUAACAGACUAGGCGGCCCCCGCCCCCCGCUGCCCCCGAAACUGCCCAACUGCUCGCUGGAGGUGAAAAAAGUGCCCCAAGGACUGAAUGACAUCACGCAUUUGAACAACCACUUUAGCAAGUUUGGCAAAAUCGUCAAUAUACAGGUGUGCUUCGAAGGAGACCCGGAAGCGGCGCUAAUAACGUUCUCGAAUCCGACGGAAGCGAAUGUUGCGUACAAAAGUACCGAGGCGGUACUUAACAAUAGGUUUAUAAAACUAUUUUGGCACAACCCUGAGAAUAAACAAGAGAACGCCGCGCCGGGCGGCGUGCAGCAGAACAACAAACAGACGGACAACAGACACCCGAUGUCGCACAACAAGGUGUUCAUCAACAGAGACAACAUUAAGGCGAGCGAGAACAAGAUGCUCGCAAAGGAGAAGGAGAAGGAGAAGCUGAAAGAGACAAACGGCGCCGCCGACAAGCCGGCGCAGAACAACAACAUCGCGGCGAGCGCGGGCGCGGGCGCGGGCGUCGGCGCGGACAAGCGGCAGCAGGUGCUGGAGAUGUACCGGCGCGCGCAGGCGCUGCUGCAGACGCAGCUCUCGCAGCAGAAGCUGCUCAUCGGCCGGCUGGAGAGCGGCAAUGUGACGGAACAGCAGAAGAGCGCACUGAUGGAGGCGAUAAACGCGGCGCAGGAGGGCAUCGAGAAGCUGAGGAAGGAAUUAGUCGCGUACAACGGCCUGAUCAAGCAUAUGCAGGAGGAGAGUGUGUCCCGCUCAAUGUCGCGUCUACAAGUGAGCCAGGUGAACGCGAAGAAACCGAAGACGGCGGCCGAGGCGCAAAAGGAGAUACUGGAUGCUGAACUGGACAUCAUAACUAAGCAACAGGAGGGGCAAGAUGUCACGGAGCUAGCCAAGAAGAUUGCGGAGAUGCGCCGCCAGAUGGCGAUACAGUUCCCCUCGCACGCCGGCGCGAGGCGGAUACACUCCAGCUAUCGAAUUAUCAAGAGACGGCUUCGGGGGGGCAGGUUCAACCCGGCGAUGCGCUACACGCGCGUGGGCGCCGCGGCGAUAACGUGGGUGCCGAACGGCAAGCCGCUGGGCGGUGGUGCGGCGGGCGGGGCGGGGGGCGCCGGGGGCGCGGGGGGCGCCGCGCCCAACGGGGACGCGCCCGCCGACUGCGGCAAGGAGGCGCAGAGCCAGCAGGACCGCAGCGAGGAUGCGCUGCUCCGCUUCGACGAAGAGGAUGAGGAUGAGGCCGAGGAGGAUCGCACGUGGAGGCGUUGACGCCGCGACGCGCUCGCCCCGCCGCCGGCGGGGGGUUAGCAGUGGAGGGGCUUGUGGGGGGUUACGGGGGGUUAAGGGUGCGUUCGGGUUGUGUGUGUGUGGGGGCUGAUGUUAUGAGGGUUUGCCGGUAGGGCUUUAAGACAACAAUGAAUCUAACACGAACGGUUGGGGGUUGACAGUAAUUAGAGAGGGUAGUUAGUUUCUAAAGAAUGUAUCAUUUUUAUUACGUUUUGUAAUUUUCUUAUUGCAAUACAACAAUCUUGCACGCCUGCAAUCUGGACGCACCUUUUGUAUUAGGGUUGCCCGUUUUAAAUUGUACGGUGGCAACCCUGAUACAAAUUUAAAAUGGAGUAUAAUAUGAUAAAAAAAGUGUAUUGAGGUUGCCAACUCAUUUAACUGUGAGUCGACAACCCUUGUACUUUGUUUGUAAAAUGUGAGACGUAGGGUUGUCGACUUGCUUUUUACUUGAGUUUAUAGGGUUGUCAACUAUUGUAUAAAUAACGAGAGCUAUUACUAAAUUGAUCAAUAAAGUCACAGACUAGUCAAUGGAUUAAUUUUAGUAUUAGGGUUGAUACGAUAAAUUUCUUUAUAGGGUUACUAACUUGCAGUAACCACCAUCCACUUGUAAAUUAAAAUAACUGGUAAUUAUAAUUCCUGCUGUCACAAACGUGAUAAUCUAAUCGGUAAAUAGCAAUAUUAAGUCAGACAAACAAACAACACAAAGAAACUCAACUACCCCCAUGUCUCUCAAAUUGAUUUUAUUCUAAUGUGUUUUAGUUUUUCGUAAUUUUGCAAGUCUCUUCAAUAACUUUAAAUAUUUUCAAACUCGAUUUAUACAUGUUGGCAACCCUACGUUUAAGAUCACAAUUUUUCUACAUUUUAAUAAUGUUAUAUAUUGUUCGAAACUAUAUUGAUAUAAAUACGUUAUAUUAUAUUCGAAUCAAACAUUACACUUAUAGAAAAUUUAAUUUAGAAUACUUGAAAAAAAUUUCUAAAAUAAUUCACAUUUAGGACUUAUCAAAACUCUAAACUAAUCAACUCGCAAAGAAUCUAGUAAUAAAUUAAUCAUAGAUAAUACAAGUAUUACAAAAAAUAAAACAACAACGUCUGAGAAAUUGCAUUUUCGAAACCAAAACACCAAAUGGAACUUGGCACUCGACAAGUCUAGAGAAUAACUUAUCUAUCUAGCUUUAGAUCGAUAGUCCUAACUGAAAUCUAACGAAUCGUUUCUAACUUUGAAUUUUACAGCGAAUAACGAAAUGGCGCGAUGCUAAAGAUAAUUUAUUGAUAACUUAGUUUGUACGUGGAGAAAAUAAUGAAACCUGUACACGCUUUAUGUAAAUUAGGUAAGCUAAGAAGAAAAUUAAUAUAGUGUUUAAAAUAAAAUCUAGGUAAUUCAACAAAAGAUUAAUUAUAUAUAUUGUUAACGAUGAGUGAAGCAUGUGUGAAAUGUUUCCGCCCCCCACACCCCACAAGGGGACAAGGGACAUUUCAAAGAAAGUAUUGUCACCUCGCUGUGGUUAAAAGUCUCAAAUUUUUUCAUAAAAUAAAAUACUCGUUAACACUUGAUUUGUGGACACCCUAUUAAAAAAGUAAAAGUUCUUAAUCAUUCUUUUAACUGAAGUGUCAAAUAUGAUUUUUUUGGAUACCCUACGCCAAUGAAAUUUGGCUCAAUUUGAGAUUUGUGGUCUUGUUAUGCCGUUCUAUGCGUUAUAAUUGAGAAAAUAAAAAUAACAAGAUGAGAGAAGAGAUUGUUAUCAAUUGUUAGUAUCCGCAAUAUUUGGACACUUGUGGCCAUCAUAUUCUAUAGAAGACUCACAUAAUUUUGUGAACUACCCUACUCUACAUUGUCUUUGUACUUCAAACGAAAUCAUGUACACCCUACUUACCAUAAAUCUAUACGUUUGUUUAGUAAAAAUAAGAGUGUGUGCUCUAUUACAAAAUGAAAAUUUCACGCUUUUCGGCUAAGCGGUUACGAUCGUGCAUCGGCGACACGAACGCCACUAUAUAUCUAACAUAUGUAAUCGUACAUAGGUAUAUAACGAAAACGGAUGAACUAAAUAAGAUGUAUGUUUAAUCUCGCGUAACUCGUGAUAAACAUUUACCUCAUAUUGAAGCAAUACUAGUAUAUGCGCAGCGUGUUCGCGCACAAUCGUUAUCGUCCUAAUUGGUAAGUGUUCGUAUAGAAUCGUGCGUACAAAUUUAUUUAUAGUAGGCGGAUUGUUAAAAAACAAAAAGCAAUAUGUAUUUUUCUAGAAUUUAUUAUCAAUGUGCUAAAUUAUAAAACGAGAGAAUGGAGAAACUCGCGUAAGAGGCGAUUUCCACUUAUCAUAAUGUAAAAGAUACCGUAGUAGAUCUUAUUAUAUAUUUAUUUUAUGUGUAUAUGUUUUAUAUUUGACGAUAAUAUUAUUUUGUUAUAUUUUCUUGACCUCGUAACUCCAAAACAUUAUAUAUAUUCAAUGAGCUCUCUUAAUAGCGCUCCGAAAACAAACUAGUUUCGUGUUUUGAAAAAAAAAACCAAAAAAAAUAAACAAAUCGCACGCGUUCGUACGAAAAUUUGCCAAAACCGGGACGGACGGUUUUUAAUGACUUUUACUUUAUUAGCCGGCUAGAGUAGACGUUCUUGUUUCUUUCCGACGUAGCUUAUAUCGGUAGCGUGUUAAGCGUACGAUUUAUAUUCGUAUACAAUAAGGGUCUGUUCACAUUUAAUCGCCGUGUACCAGAGGUCUGUUGGAGGAUGGAUACGCCAUAUGAGUUUGUAAGGAAAAUGUAUGUAGUGGUGAUCUUUGAUGGAUUUAAAACGAGUUAUUUCUCGUUUUGUUUUGCUGGCAUCGAUUUGAGGGGCUGUUUGUUUGUGAGAUGAAGUUGUGACUGUGUUAUUAUUUCUAUUCAAACGUUGCUUUUAAAUGUAUUUUUGUCUCGAGCAGUGGAUUCGUAAGGUUUUCGUACGAACUAGAUUUUUUUUCAUAUCGCCCAACAGUAUAUUAUUAUUAUAUCGGUUGUCGUAGUCAAACGCAUUGUCGGUGAUGGUAGUUGUAUAUUACAAAUAUAUUGAGGUAAUUUAACAGCGACGCGAUUAAAUGUGACGAGACCCGCGCGUAACGUAUAUGUAAGAUGUACAAAAUUAUUUGAUACGCGACAAUUAACGUUAGAUUCUGAAUAUAUCGAUAUAUUCGCAAAUAGUUGAAAAAUCGUAAAAAUUCGAUUGCUACUUGUAGAGUUAUUGGAAAGAGGAUUGCGAUUGGAGAGAGUUGAGAGAGAUUAUCCGGAAGGUCGACGGUUCGAUUUAUUUUGAGGCUAAGCGUGUGUAGUGUUUGAUAAGCUGUGAAAAUUGAACUAAAAAUUCGUUAUAAGUCGAUUGCGUUAUACAUGCAUGUUGCGAUGAAUUGCGUUGUAAUGAAAAUUCCGAUAUAGGGCGGUUUAGUUGAAUGAAAGAAAUAGUUGGGUUUAUCAUGUCUGCCCGUGGAUGGUGAACGAUUUAUAAAUAAGCGAUGCUUUCUCGAACGUUCUCUAUGAGUGUUCGGGAAAGUGGAAAAUGGAAUUUUCGCAAGGAUGUGGAUUGUCCCCCGCGUGUAUCGAAUGUUUACGUUCGAAUAGAUGUGUUUGGACUCUCGAAAUAUCAUCGGGCUACGUUUUUCGUGACAAUCUGAUCGAGUCAAACAGGAUCGAAGGAAAUGCAUAAAAAUAUAAAUAUUAGUGCCUAUUCAUUCUUUAUAUAGAAAUAGAUAUAUUAUACAAAUUAUUAUUAUACAAUAUUAUAUACGGUUAACGGUCAAAUAACGCCUUACAAUAGUGCUAGUAAUGUCUAUAUUGCAUCAGCGUUUAUAACGGUGCGUCCACGCAGUACUAAAGUUGUAACUUCCAUAUACGAUAUCGAUUUUGUGUUAUGUAGGUUAGAGGUAUGCGAAAAUUCGCACCGUUUUUACUUGGUGCCGGCUCUGUUUAGUCACACUAUUGAUUAGAGUCAGUGACGGGCUCCGUGUGGGCGGAUGAGGUGGGGCAGAGAUGCCACAACGUAAUGGAAAAUUGCCCGGGAUAAAAUUUUAUUGGGGAAACCUGUCCCGUACCCCUGGGACGUGUAGGUUCAUUUUGUUAAAGAAACACCUGUUAUACUUUGCUUUAAAAAUCAAGCAUACGAUAGUGAACUUGGAGCUUGAACGGUUUUUCGUGAAACUAUCGCUUAGUCACAUAUUAUAGAGAUUUUAUUUAAAUAUACGUUUAGUCUAUUAUAUUUUCUAGGUACGGCGAUGGGUGGGAAAACAAAGAGUUAUUAUUACACCUACAUUUUUAAACCAUCUCAUAUUUUAACAGCUUAAAUAUUAUCUAAAAUUUGGUUUUCCAAAUGAGAAAUUAUGUAAAUGUAUUCAUAAUAGCUUUUAAUUUAAUUCGCUUACUGUAUAAAAUGUAAUACUUUUAUUACAUUUGAAGGCUUUGAGCCGUUUUUUUUUAUUGUAAUCGUAGUUUGCUUCUAACGAGUAUAUUAGAAUUAUAGAGUGCAGUGCGACACGACCGCUCACUAGCGCUGCUGCGGCUCGACUGAAGCGAAAUGAAUAUUUCAUUAUAAUGUUUUUCAAUCUACCCGCAAGCGUUGUCGACUAUAAUGAUAAUAUGCUCGUUUGGCUAUAGUAAUUAUUUUUGUUGUUGCGUGUAUUGAAACUACAUUUUUUUUAUUGUUAAAUAGGAUAAGUUAGUUUUAUAGCUGUGGAUAUUUUUUCAACGUGACUCCUAAUUUGCAAUUCAUAUAAUAUUGCAUUGACUUUGUUUCGAAGCGGAUAACUGUGUUGCAUAAAUACCCACGUGUAUAUAGAGUUGUUUAUUAUUAUUAUUAUUAUUUUUCUUUUCUCUUAUAUUUAAGAAUUAUUGUAAUAAUUAGUUUAGACAAUGUGUCACUGACUUAGUUUGUAGUGUACAAAGAUGAAAAAAUUAACAAUGGGACCGUCGGAAAAAAUGACAGCAAACGAAAUGAGGCGACGGUUAAAAAAAUAUUUUUUAAAAUUCAAGUCAGUACAUAUUUGAGGCGGUGUGUAAAAUAGUUGUGCACAAGAAAAAAGCGGCUUGUGAUGUUUUGUUUGUAAAAAAUGUUGACAAAAAAGAGUGUGACCGCCCAAAAAAAAAAAAAAAA